GACGGAAAAUUGAUGAAAUGGAAUUUAAGAAAUAAUUCUACUCCUGAAGAGAUAAUAAUACAAUCGGAUGAAGAAGGAGAUGAAGUUAUAGAGAAAUUUUUUAUUAAUGUUGCAUGUGGAGAAAAUCAUUGUUUAGCAUUGACUAGAGAUGGCGAAGUAUUUAGUUGGGGAUCCGGAAGUGUACGAUGUGAUUGUGGUGAACAAUUAAAAGAAGCUAUGGAAUUAAUUCGAUCGGAAGGACGAGGAGUUGUAAUAUAUUUGAGGCAAGAAGGUAGAGGAAUUGGUUUAGCAGAUAAGUUAAGAGCAUAUAAUCUUCAGGAUUUAGGAUAUGAUACAGUUUCAGCAAAUGUUUUUUUACAUCACCCACCUGACCUUCGUACUUAUGACAUUGCAAAUCAAAUUCUAGCCGAUCUUAGGUUAAGUAAUAUUCGAUUACUUACAAAUAAUCCUGAUAAGAUUGAGCAAGUCGAAAAUGGUGGGAUAAAAGUAGUCGAGCGGGUACCAAUGGUUCCUUUAGCAUGGAAAGUUAACCAUGACUCCAAUCAUAUUAUUAAUGAAUUAGAUCAAUAUCUUAAAGUAAAGGUUGAAAGAAUGAGACAUUUAUUAAAUGUUCCAGAAACUUUAUUAAAUUGA